CGCCACAGACCUAAUGACUGUAUGGUGUUUCUGAUUCGACCUUUCCUCUUCAGUCCGAGAUAUGAACAAUGAUCUGACUUUCAACCAACGUACCGGUACCAGAUUUUUCGUGUCUCUAGAAUCGACUUGGAAAGACUUGAAAGGGCGGUCGUUUCUAUCGCCACAAUUUUGAUUUCGUGGAUAGACUGCCUUACAUACGAUAGAUAGGAUACACGGCGCCAUCAGCAAUGUUAUGGUCCAAAAACCGAAGAACAAUAGAGAGUACGCGCUUUGCCUGUAACAACAUGUGAUCGUGAUAUGCAAGUCAGUUAUGCGCCUCCUCUCAUUGUUCAGUCAUUUGCCAUUCUUGAACUCGCUCCUCCACCAAGCAAAUUUUCUCCGUUAUCAUGGAAGCUCCACCAGAGACUAAACUCGCUACCCCGACUUCCCUUCCUCAGCAGAAACAGCCUGAUGCUCCACCUAUCGUCGGGAGCACUCCUGAGAGUAACGGAGCUGCUCAUCCCACCCAAGAUGAUGCUCCGCAGCGUACUUCGGCUCUGACCAAGUUUCUUGAAGAUGAUGCUCACGAGAGGGUCGUGUUUUCUCUCGAUGAAUUUGUGACCCUCAUUCUCGAUCUUCCAACCGAUUGGAAGAUCAAAGAGGAGUUCAGCCUGCCACCGACAAGUACAGCAGUGAUAGAGGCGCUCGGAGCAUACCUGAAGGUUGCGAUAAAAAUAGCGGGGGGUGAAAGGAAGAAGUGGAGGAAUGCUGCAACGAAUGAGAUCGAGUUGAACCACCCCCUCACAAAAGUCUUAAAUACAUUGAGAGAUGGAGAGGGACACUUCACGAAAGACAAUGAUGAGGGAAUCUUCUGCAUUGAGGAUCCUCACCUAGUAUUGGGUUCACUGUUGGAGAGGAAUGGAAUAUACAGUCCGCUGUUGAAACUCACAGAAAACAAGAAACUCUCGACAUAUCUUGCAGACAAAAAUAUGUUCGGGGUUUUUUGGGGGCUCCUGCUUUUGUUUGUAGAGGUCAACCUCAGGAAGAAAGGUUUUGCAGAUCCAAAUAUCCAGAGAGCAGGUAUGUUACAGGGACUAUUCCCGUUCCCAUAGUUGACUCGCCUUGUAUUCCUUGCAGAGAUCGGAGUACCUUUGAACGAAUCAUCAAAUUUCACUUUUUCACAAGAACGUCGCUCACACCCCAAAUCGAAUAAGCGGCUGAGGUCGAAUGAAGAACUGGAUUC